AUGUGGAUCUGGUUCAUCGUGCCUAUUGUCUCACGUGGCCCCGGAGCCAGCACACAGCCUGGCAGGCUAAACUCGGGGCGACAACACCCUUUAAACUCCUCCCUCGCGGUGCAUUCUGGGACUUUAUGUAAAACCAACAUGGCGGCCGCCUGCGCCAGAACGCUUUAUAAGGUCGGCUGGAAUAUUUUGGAGUUUCCAGCCGCCCGCCGGCCCGGUACCGUUUCCUACCUGGUGGGGAACGUGAGCGCACACGGGUCCAAGAGGGCGUACGGUACCGGCGGGACCGGGGUCCGCUCCAAACUGCUCUCCUCUCUGCGGGGAGGAGGAGGAGGAAGAGGAGGAGGCAGGGUGCUGGGCUGUGCCUUCCUGCUCGGUGGAGGUUUGGGUUUAUAUCAGACUGUGAAGUUCAGUGUCCAGCAGCACCUGGCCGAGGCGGAGACCAAGGUUUCAGGAGAAGGUCUGAAGUUGACUCUGUACCAGUACAAGACCUGCCCGUUCUGCAGCAAGGUGCGAGCCUUUCUGGACUACCACGGGCUGCCGUAUGAGAUUGUGGAGGUAAACCCGGUGAUGAGGCACGAGAUCAAGUGGUCGGCCUACAGGAAAGUUCCCAUCCUGAUGGUGAAUAAUGAAGUGCAACUGAAUGACUCGUCUGUCAUCAUCAGCUCCCUCAAGACAUAUUUAAUCAGCAAGGAGAAAAGCGUGUCUGAGAUCCUUCGCUGCUACCCGGAGAUGAAGUCGGUGAACGACAGAGGGAAGGAGGUGACGGAGUACAACAACAAGUACUGGGUGAUGCUGAGCGAGGCCGAGACCGCCGCGAUGUACCCCGAGAAGGGAAUGCAGAAAGAGGAGAUGAAGUGGCGUCAGUGGGCCGACGAUUGGCUUGUGCAUCUUAUAUCUCCCAACGUGUACCGAACUACCGGCGAGGCCCUGGCCUCCUUCGACUACAUCGUACGCGAGGGCAAGUUUGGUACUUACGAAGGUUUCUUUGCCAAAUAUGUCGGCGCUGCGGCCAUGUUUCUCAUCUCCAAAAGGCUGAAAAGUCGACACAACCUGCAGGACGACGUCAGGCAGGAUCUCUACAAGGCCGUCAACGACUGGGUGGCAGCCAUCGGCAAGAAGAGGAAGUUCAUGGGUGGGGAUCGUCCCAACCUGGCAGACCUGGCGGUGUUUGGCAUCCUCAGAGUGAUGGAGGGCCUGCAGGCGUUUGACGACAUGAUGGAGAACACCAAGGUCAAACACUGGUACAGGCGCAUGGAGAGAGCGUCGCUGAACCACGAGGGCCGCAACUGACGCCGAGGUGAGUCGAACCGGUGAACAAGACCACGGAACACCAUCCGGCCUCAAAAACACUGAACAGCAAACCGCCAGAAAGACAGCGACCGGCAUCAGGAAGCAAGAAGUUCCUGCUUUGAUUGUGGGGAAGACGGUUGAACGGUCACUACUGCCCUGAAUUAUUUCCUGCUAGAGUUUAAAACCUGUUGAUCUGUCUGAAGGAGUUAACUGCAGACAUUUAUGAAGAUAAAGAGAUCACACACACACACACACACACAUUAAUAUGCUGGCGCCAUUUAAGGGCAUUUUACCGACCUCUACUGGUGAACUUUGGGAACUGCAGCAACAUCGAUAAAACAGAUAUUGAAACGUACUUAACCAACACAAUAACUUCACACUUUCACAACACAAACAAAACAAACAAGUCAGCAUAUAUUUGAUGCAGCAAUUCUGUCAUUUUCCUGCAAAUAUGUUCGCUUUCUUUGUGGGGAGAUGAAAAUAUCACUUGUUGAAUUGUUAAGACGGCCUACGGGGGUUUCCAUGGAGGUCUGGAAAAUGAUUUUACGCAUUUCCAGGCCUUGAAUGGUGUCACAAAAGGUCAGAAAAAUGCUCGAGAGAAAACAUUUUCAGUCCUCAAAAUGACCAAAAACAUUUCGUAAUUUGGGGAGUGCUCGUAUUUCACAAACUACUGUAUAUAGUUUCUUUUAAAAAAAAAUCUAAAUUAACGUGGUCUUUUCCAGCGGUUCUCGACCAAAGACUCCCACAAGGACUCACAAGCUUACUGUAUUUAUGGAAAAAAAACAAGACUACAAAUCUAUUUUUCUAUUUUCAGAUUUUGCUUCAAUUUUUGCCCCUUUUCUCUCAUAAAUAUUGAACUUCUUCAGACUGUUAAAAGGGAACAAAUUGAGAAAUAAUUAGCUUCAAUUGGAGGUCAAGUACGCGUGACUUAGUUUUAAGUGAUCUUGAGCGAGGUUUUGGUGUAGUUGACUCUCAGAUUGCUCAGCUAAGUUUAUCAUUUAAUUUAAGUUUAUUUAAAAAAAAAAAAAAAGACACUUUCAGAUAAUUGCAGCUUUGUCUGGAUAAACUGUUUAUUUGGACGUUUUCUGUGUGAACUUGUCUCAGGUACCAUGAGAUCAGGUUAUCUCUAUUUAUUUCAGAUGAUUGUUUCUCUGUGUAACUGAUGCAGGAUCAGUCUGGCAGAUCAGCUUCUCUUUGGGGUAAAAUAAAAUAAAAUGUUAAGAACUGGUGUGAGCUGCCCGUCUGAAUGUACUUUAAUAUGUAAACCGCAGAUCAACUUCUGAAUUAAUUGUAUUAAAAUCAACUCAAUGUGCAUAGUUGUAAAAAGGUAAAAUAAAAAAUGAAACCUGGA